UCAGACUGUCAGCAGCUGUUGAGCCCAUGAACGGUAGGACCGACAGAGCAAAGAAAACACACCGAGAAUAACGGAGUGGAGCCGGUGCAGACCCAGUGCAGAGGCCGCAGAGACCGGGCCGCAUCCUGCGGGGAGAGCCGCUGAUUCAAUCUGGAGCUAAUGGAGCAAGGAGACCGUCAGCUGUUAUCUAACGAAGCUAACGAGCUAACGGGCUAACGGACAGGCCACUGACUCACGUUCACCACGCUGCACCACACUCACCCGUUCUCACCCGGGUUAGCUUGUGGACCUCCUGAACCACCUGCAGUCGGACUGUGUCCAGUUCAGCCGGCUAACGGAAGCUAACAAGCUAACAGUCAGAGUACCGUCAGCCCAGCCGGGAUAGUCCGCCCAGACCCGGUUCGUGUUUAGGACUGGGAGCCAGGAUGUUGAUAGCAGCGGUCGGUGCAGGAACCAGAAACUCCGCCUCCACCGGCAAGAAACACCGACGCAGAGGCAAAAAGCACCGGAGAGUCCGAACAGAUGAGAACCGGCCUGAUGACCUCUGCGACCUCCAGGGUCUGAAUCCCGACAGCAGCCCCCCCCCCACGCAGCUGCAGACACGCCCCCAGAAUACUCCACCCACCACCACACUGUUAGGAAACGUGCCAACUUAUCCAGGAGAUCUCCAUGAAACCACCACAGCACCUCGACACAACCCUCCAGACACCACCACAUUAUCCGCUGAGACCACCACCCAGAGUGUCCCCCGAGCUGCCAGACCUCCCGUACCGAACACGUCCCAGACCACACCACCCCUCCAUCAUACUGUGGAUAACCCUGAAAGUACCCUCCAAACUGCCCCGCUGCCCCCUUUAAACACCCCGUCGACAGCACCAGUGACUUCACAGAUCUUCAGCCAGUCACCUCCUGCCACAUCUCAAAGUCCCACCCACAGUCCCAGCCAAUCACUGCCAACUGUAAACCAAAACAUUCGCCUGAGUUCCUCCACAUCGCCUCACAGGACUCUUCAGAAUGUCACUGAGACAGAUCCCUCUGAAUCACCUCCCUCCUUACCCCACAGUGUUACCCACAAUGCCCCUCAAUCACCGUCUGGAUCUGCGCCGCAUCCUGUCAAAGCCCCUCCUACUCCUCCUUUAAGCCCCUCCCACCCGGACCCCUUCCUGCUGACCACAGUGACCUUCACCUCUAGUGUCUCUUCCCACCUCUACACCCCCCUCUGCUCCUCCUCCGCCUCCUUCUUCAGCUCCUUCGACUCUCUGGGUCCUCCCAUUUGUCUGCCCUCUAUGAUGUCAUCAACCACCCAUCAACUGACCACACCCCCUUCGGCUCUGAGCCCACCCCCUCCAGAGUUAACCCCGCCCCCCACCCAGCUGCUGGGCUCAGAUGAUGAGGAGCAGGAAGACCCAUCAGACUACUGCAAAGGUGGUUACUACCCGGUGAAGAUCGGUGACUUGUUCAAUGGGAGGUACCACGUGGUCAGAAAACUGGGUUGGGGACAUUUCUCCACCGUCUGGCUCUGCUGGGACCUUCAGAAGAAGCGUUUUGUGGCCUUGAAGGUGGUAAAGAGCGCUCCACAUUACACCGAGACGGCUCUGGAUGAGAUCAAACUUCUCCGAUGUGUGAGGGACAGUGAUCCGUCCGACCCCCACAGAGAGACCAUCGUCCAACUGAUCGAUGACUUCAAGAUCUCUGGAGUCAACGGAAUACAUGUCUGUAUGGUUCUGGAGGUUUUGGGUCACCAGCUGUUAAAAUGGAUCAUCAAGUCAAACUACAUGGGACUUCCUCUGGUCUGUGUGAAGACCAUCAUCAGACAGGUGCUUCAGGGUCUCGACUACCUUCACACUAAGUGCAAGAUCAUCCACACUGACAUCAAACCGGAGAACAUCUUACUGGAUGUUGAUGAGGUUUACAUCAGGAGGUUGGCGGCUGAAGCCACCGUCUGGCAGAGAGCCGGAGCACCGCCCCCAUCAGGUUCAUCAGUUAGCACGGCUCCCAGGGAUCUCCAGGUGGGUAAACUGUCUAAGAACAAGAAGAAGAAGCUGAAGAGAAAAGCGAAGCGUCAGCAGAGGCUGCUGGAGGAGAGACUGGUGGAUAUCCAGAGGAUGGAGGAGGAGGACAGUGUGUACCAACCUGAAGACACAGACAGUAACUGCUCUCUGGUUGUCAAUGGCAACACUACCUGUCCCACAGCCAACAGUAAAGCAAGUCCAGAGUCCACCUGCUCCUGGUUGGAGGACAGGUGCAAUGGCCACGCCCCUGGGCGUUUCUCCAGUCCCGCUUCCGGCCUGUCGGGUUUCUCCAGCUCCGUGAUGUCAGUGACGUCUGAGUCAGCACUUUCGACUCAGUCAGGAUACUCGAGUGGACGAGAUGCGUUCAGCGCGGCAGAUUUCGUCCUGAGUCCUCUGGAUCCUCAGAACGCAGACAAACUGAAAGUGAAGAUCGCUGAUCUGGGAAAUGCAUGCUGGGUGCACAAAACACUUCACAGAGGAACAUUCAGACCCGACAGUACAGAGCUCUGGAGGUUCUGAUUGGAGCAGAGUAUGGACCACCUGCUGACAUCUGGAGCACCGCCUGCAUGG